GCUUCUCACUGCAGUGGCUUCUCUUGUUGUGGAGCACGGGCUCUAGGCGCAUGGGCUUCAGUAGUUGUGGCACGUGGGCUCGGUAGUUGUGGCUCGCGAGCUCUGGAGCACAGGCUCGGUAGUUGUGGCGCACGGACUUAGUUGCUCCGCGGCAUGUGGGAUCCUCCCAGACCAGGGCUUGAACCUGUGUCCCCUGCAUUGGCAGGUGGACUGUCAACCACUGCGCCACCAGGGAAGCCCCUGGCAAAGUCUUGAAAUUCAAAAUAAGUGAGGGACUAGGGUCCUGGAGGAGAGUGAGUUGAGAAGACAGUGUAGCUGUACAUUGCAAAGAACAGGAGUUGGGUGUGCCUCCCCAGACAAACUGCAGGAUGGCCCUCUGACCCAAUGCACCCCUUGGCCGUUUUCCAGAAAGGAGCCAGCCCUUCAAGGAGGGAAGUGGUAGUCACACCACUGCCCUUUGAGGAGACAUCCAGUAAGUCUCAGAGGUAGCUAUGGUGUAACAGGAAAAAGCAUGGAUUUGGGGUUCGAACUGUAAAGUUAAAUUUCAGCUGGGCCACUUCCUAGUUGUGUGAUCUUGGGCUAGUUACUUAAUGUCUCUGAGCUCAGUUUCCUCCUCUGUAAGAUCAAGCUCAAGAUAGAUGCGCCACGGCUUUAGUCGGGACCGCUUACCCCGACGGGUCUGAGCCUCGCCAGCUCCUCCCCCAGGAGACCGUUGCAGUCGGCCAGCCCCUGCUCUUUGGUAACCAUGUGUGACCGAAAGGCCGUGAUCAAAAAUGCAGAUAUGUCGGAGGAGAUGCAACAGGACUCGGUGGAGUGUGCUACUCAGGCAUUGGAGAAGUAUAAUAUAGAGAAGGACAUUGCGGCCCAUAUCAAGAAGGGGUUUGACAAGAAGUACAACCCCACCUGGCACUGCAUCGUGGGGAGGAACUUCGGUAGUUAUGUGACACAUGAAACCAAACACUUCAUCUACUUCUACCUGGGCCAAGUGGCCAUUCUCCUGUUUAAAUCUGGUUAAAAGCAUGGACUGUGCCACACACGCAGUGAUCCAUCCAAAAACAAGGACUGCAGCCUAUCCAAAUACCAGAGACUGAAACCUUCAGCCUUGCCUAAGGGAACACCUCGAUCUUUAUUGUGUUGUUUUGUACAGGGCAUUCUCUGUACUAGUUUGUUGUGGUUAUAAAGCAAUUAGCAAAACA